UGACAUUUACAAAAAGCUCUGACUUUUAUUAUGUUUCCAACGCAGCUCAGGAAUACUCCAUUUCCCAAAAUGCAUUGUGUUAUCAUGACUGUUGGACUCUGGAUAAAAACAAGCCGAUCAGCUGAUGUAAAAGCAACAACAUCUACAGGGUCUGACACAAAAUAGACCAGCUAGCUAACUUUCUCCUCACGGUUAGCCGUAUGUGGCAGGAGGCGGGAUGGUGUUCGACAGUGUACGUGUUCAGUUUUAGACUGUGUUGAGGCAGCAUUUUUAGGCAGAGGAGUUUAGUCGUCGUUCGUCGGACUGGUUACCACUGCUAGGUCAGUCGGCUGAAAUGAAGGUUGUUUGUUACUUCAGAAGUGUGUAUGUUCGUGUUUAGCCAAUGACAGAGAAACUAUUUAAUACUUGAAUGUUAUUGAAUUAUAGGUGAACAUAUCUAGCCACCAUUAAAUGACUUGGCAUUGUUAGCUGAGCUGUAACUUUCCUGAAACAACACAACAGAUUGGGGGCAGCUAAUGUUAGCUAGCAAACUGUUGUGCCAAACCCUAAAAGUAAUUGCACGUUUGGACACAUAUGUUCGAAGUUUCUGCCUUUACUUGCUAUAUUACGAACACAACAUCGCAGUUAACAGUCAACAGAAAUAGCUAGUUUAACAUUUAAUAGUUAUUUGAAGCAGUAUUAUACACGAACAAAGUGGCUUUAAAACUCUAAAUAGAACUAUACCUCAUAUUUGACUGUAAAUAUUGACUUAUUUGUGCCAUAACUUUGUGUCUUCCAUUACAUUUUGUUUUGCAGUUGCUAUAAAUUUCAGUCAUACUCCGCUUAUUAGAAGUUGUCAAAUUUGAAAUGAGUGGUCAAGGUCCAGCUGUAGAUAAAGGAAUGAACACAGUCCUAGUGUGCCAGGAGAGCUACGCCUGUGGGGGCGCAGAUGAAGCCGCGUUUGAGUGCGAUGAAUGCGGCAGUUUACAGUGUGUCCGCUGUGAACUGGAGCUCCAUCGUCAGGAGCGAAUGAGGAACCAUGACAGGGUUCGGAUUGCGCCAGGCCACGUUCCUUUCUGCGACUCGUGUAAAGGUGACAGCAGCUGCUCUGUCAACGGAGGGCGACUAAGGGCGGUGGUACGUUGCCAGGGUUGUAAGAUCAACUUGUGUUUGGACUGCCAGAAACGCACCCACGGGGGGGUCAACAAGAGAAAGCACCCUCUGACACCUUACCCUCCUGCUAAAGCUCCUCAAGAGAACAGUGUGAGUGCAGGGGAGUCAGAGAUGGACAUCCUGAAAGCUGCUUUGGAGAAAGUGUGCAGCUUCCUUGUAGUAGAUGAGAAAGAGGAGAUGCAAGUCAAAGAUGAGGACGACUUUGUCAACAGACUGGGCUGCAGACCAGAUGAGCUCCUCAAAGUGGUCUCCAUCUUUGGGAACACCGGGGAGGGCAAGUCACAUACCCUUAACCACACUUUUUUCCUCGGACGAGAGGUUUUCAAGACCUCCCCCACUCAAGAGUCAUGUACUGUGGGUGUCUGGGCAGCUAUGGACCCUGUUCACCGGGUGGUUAUCAUUGACACAGAAGGCCUGCUUGGAGCUGGUGCUAACCAGGGUCAGAGAACCCGUCUGCUCCUCAAGGUCCUGGCUAUCUCUGACAUCAUCAUCUAUCGAACCCAUGCCGACCGACUGCAUGAUGAUCUAUUUAAGUUCCUCGGAGAUGCUUCAGACGCCUACCUGAAGCACUUCACCAAGGAACUGAAGGCGACUACAACCCGCUGUGGUCUUGAUGUACCACUGUCCACUUUAGGCCCUGCAGUGAUUAUCUUUCAUGAGACUGUCCACACCAAGCUGCUAGGAUCAGACAAGCCAUCUGAGUCGGUCGAUCGUCUGCUUCAGGAGCGUUUUAGAAAGCUGGGUCUAUUUCCAGAGGCCUUCAGCUCCAUCCAGUAUCGGGGAACUCGGACCUACAACCCUCCCACAGACUUUAGUGGUUUGCUGCGCAGCCUGGAGCAACAGCUGGAUAACAACACCACCCGUUCCCCCCGUUCUGCCAGUGUCAUCUACAAGGCUCUGCAGGCCCUGAGUGAGCGCUUCCAUGGCGACAUUCCUGAUGAGCACAUGACUAGCAACUCCUUCUUUCCAGAUGAGUAUUUCACCUGCUCCAGCAUCUGUCUCAGCUGUGGUUCAGGCUGCAAGAGGAGCAUGAAUCAUCUGAAGGAAGGACUCGACCAUGAAGCCAAACAUCGCUGCCGCUACUCUGCACAGUCCGACAACCGCAUUUACACAUGCAAGGCGUGCUACGAGAGAGGGAAAGAGGUUAUAGUGGUUCCCAAAACGACAGCCUCGUCUGACUCACCGUGGUUUGGUCUGGCCAUCUACGCUUGGUCUGGGUAUGUAAUCGAGUGUCCCAACUGUGCAGUGAUCUACAGAAGCAGGCAGUACUGGUACGGAAACCAGGACCCAGUGGAAACAGUGGUCAGAACAGAGAUCCAGCACAUCUGGCCUGGGUCCGAUGGCUUUUUGAAAGACAACAACAAUGCUGCCCAGAGGUUACUGGAUGGAGUCAAAUACAUUUCUCAGUCAGUGUCUGAACUGAGUGUCAAACCUGCCAAAGCGGUCACCUCCUGGCUUACUGACCAGAUUGCUCCUGCUUACUGGACGCCCAACUCACUUAUAAUGAAAUGUCAUAAAUGCGCAGAAGAGUUUCAGCCCAACGACACAAAGCACCACUGCCGAGCCUGCGGAGAGGGCUUCUGUGACGCCUGUUCGUCAAAAACACGGCCGGUUCCGGAGCGGGGUUGGGGCCUCGCUCCCGUUCGAGUCUGCGACGCAUGCUUCCAUAACAGGGGAAUCCCAACUGAGUUGUUAGAUGCUGCUUUGGAGGAGGAGGGUGGCACAUUAAUCGCCAGGAAGGUCGGUGAAGCUGUUCAGAACACUUUAGGAGCUGUGGUUGGUGCCAUCGAUAUACCUCUGGGUCUGGUGAAGGAAGCGGCUCGGCCCACGUACUGGGUCCCAGAUCAGGACAUCCACUCCUGCUGCGAGUGCCAGAAGGAGUUCUCCCCUCGUCUCUCCAUCCACCACUGUCGCGCCUGCGGUCAGGGCGUGUGCGACGACUGCUCGCAGGAGCGCCGUGCCGUGCCCUCCCGCGGCUGGGACCACCCGGUCAGGGUCUGCAACGGCUGCAAUCAGAAACCCGGGGACCUCUAGCAGGAAGGGAAGAGGAAGUCAGAGCGGGAACAGUAAAGGGAGCGGACCUCUUCAAGAACUGGAAACAACAUCGUUUUUCACCUCUUGUGUUCGGCCUAUAAGCUUCAAUGCUCUUUUUGUUUUUUGUUUUUUUUUGAGUGGCAUUUUUCUGGCUGCCAGUUGACUGUCUGUGGCGGUGCGGACUUUUGUUUUUUUUUAAUACUGUCCUCAUGUCACUUCAGUCCCGUGAUGCUUUCACUUUAAUAUGCCUACACUGUGAAAAGUUUUAGUGGAGUGAGACUUGAAUAUCGAGGAGAUAAAGACACAUAAAACGACUGACAGAGGUUUGAUGAAAGUGAGUAUUGUCUGCGUUUCCAUGCACCCUUUUCAUUAAUUCAUAAUUCUAUUGAUCGGACACUAACCCCUUUGACAAUCCCUUCCAGUGUCACACACUUGUAUUAUUAGCACCUUUUGUGGUCUGGGCCUCUGUGUGUAAAACAUUUAGUAACUGAAGUAUUAACUGAGCAGCUUAAACUGAUUUCAGGUAUAUACUUUUACUUUAAGACAGUUUUUUUCAGGUGUCCUAGACGCAGCAUUCAGGAAUGACUUUAAGGGAUCGGAAAACUUGAAAAACAGCACGCCACAAUUAAUUCUGAUCCGUGUUUGGAAGGAACUGCAGCGGUUUUCCUCUGCCUCAGCUCUGCAAACGUAAGCUUUCCUGCCACUCUUUGGCUUCGAGAGGAUUCAAAUAAUCAGAAGCCACUGAUGUAAUGUAGCACAGAGAUGCAUUCCAAUCUAUAUAAUUACUUAGUAAUAACUACUUACAUAAUCCCUUAAUCCUUUGUGGUUGUUUGUGCAUUUGAAUGGGUGGGUGGGUGAGAAUAGAACAGCCUUAAUAAUGCUGUCCACAGUGACUGUUUAAAUUUUACAUAGAAUAUACUACACAUAUGGAAAAAUGUUUACUUUAAUAGGGGAAUUUCUAAAUGCUCGUUUUGUUUGUAAAAUGCAAAAAUCUGUUGGGAAGACAAAAUCGUGACGGCAGUGGAAUGACGCAACACAAACUGCUUUUCAUAAAGUGACUGGCUCACAGUAGAUAUACAGUACAGAAAAGACUUCAAACCCGCUUUGAGGCUGGCCCCUCAAAAACAGGAGGUAAUUAGUAGAGUAAUGCUUACUCGUGUCAACUCAGGCUGUGUAGCUAGUUAGAAAAGAGCGUUUAAUGGGCUGCAGACCCAACUCAGCAGAGCUUAGGUUGCCUUUAUCGCAGCCACAAUGUACUAAAAUAUCUGAUCUGACCAUUUUCUGAUAAUAGGAUUUCUACUGGCAAUGUGAGAUCUGACUAUAGAGUGGAUGGUAAUGUGGGAUUUUUUAAAGCGGACUGACUGGGAGAGUUGGUGUGAUUACGUAUUGACUUGAAUCGUUGAACUAUUUCAAUACUGUUCCUAUCUCAGAGAACGAUGUACUGAAUUCAGAUAUGACAUGGAACAAAUCAAUCCCUUUAUGUUGAUGUAUGCUCAUAUAAUGUAAUAAACAGCAGAAAUGAAAAA